AUGUCGCAAAGUGAAAACGCCGAAGGAGUAGUUGAAGAAGCCCAAGAGGCCGUCGAAGUCGAUGAGGAGCAGGUAAAAAACAGGAAAAUUGAGCUGAAAAAUGGCGGGAACGCGCGGGGCGCUCGGGCAAAAUUAUUUUUUUUUGCAUGCAACCUUCAGAAUUUAAACUUCCGCGUUUUUGUUCGGAAUGAACAUUAAAUAUGACGCGCAAUGGUUCCUACGAACAUGAAGUGCAGACAAACUCUGAUGUUGCCUAGUCGCGACUAGAAGAUUAGGAAAAGCAACAAAAACCACUCAAAUGCGGCUAGAAAAUUAUCGACUUUUUGCAGGUCGACUCGUCGGAGCCAGCACCAACAACAGAGCCAGCUCAACCAGCACCGUCGGCAGAACCGACGACAUCUUCGAGACCCAAAAGAAACGCUCGUAAAUCGGUGUUGUACAAUAAUGCCGAUUACGAGCUUCAACUGCCAGGAAUGCCGAAAGAAGAGGAGAAUACGGCGGCCACGGACGCGCUCGCCGAUGACGCGCCGCCGAAACCGAUUCCGAAAAGAGCACGGGGAGGCGGCGGAGACGUUGUCGCGAGGGGAGCCAAAAGGAGAAAGGCGGCGCCGCAUCUGGAGGAGAUGGUCGAGAGACGAGAUCCGGAGCACGUGAUAAAUCCGAUGGACGGCUCCGAUCCGGUCUACGCCGACGACUCGGUGCUGCAGCUCGGAGCGGAAACCGAAAUCGCUCAAAGCCAUUCUGCAGUUGACGACGACGGACCGCCCAUUCUGAAUAUGCCAGGAGGAUACGGUACGAGCCCAUAAUUGAACAGAUCAUUCCAGAAUUCUCGUUUCUUUUCUUUUCAGACGACGACCGUGUUCACCUGUUGGCCGACAACGCCGACGAUCUGGGAUUCGACGACGACGACGACUUCCUGGACGGUCGUCCUCCAGAUUUGGAGAUGAAUCUUCCGCUCAAACAGAGACGAGGCCGCCCACGCAAACCGCGCGAUCUAGGCGCACCGGUGAUGUCUGGUGGACAGCUCGACGUGGAGACUGACGAUAAAAUGAAGAUCGAGCUGAUCAAGAAGAUGAAGAGCGGACCUCCGAGCAGCAAGAUUUACAGAGUGCAGGGAGAGCGCGUUUGCAGCAAAAAUCUGGCCGAUCGACAGUAUCACGUCAAAUUGGUAGGUUCUGGGAAAGAAAUGACACAAAAAGACUGUAUUUUUUUCAGUUUGAAGAUGAAGUCGAAAUGACGGAGAACGGAGACUGCUACGCGACGGUCAUCUCCGGAUGCCUCGCCUAUCUUUUGCGAAAGGAGCGAAUAAUAGAGUUGCUCACCAGCGAACAGGAGAUUGCAAUGAUGUAAGGGAAAUUUUCAUUGUAUUUUACUCAUUUUCAAACAAACUCUUGUUGUUUUCAGUCGUGAGGGAGGAUGGCUGCUCGACAAACCGCCGCGUCUUCCGCCGCUCGUAGCUCACAAAGCGUGCUACGCGUUCUACGUGGACGGCUCCAAAGUGAACUCGGUGAAAGAGGUGUCGAACGACGAUCUGAAGCCGUGGAGCUCGUCGGGAAGCGAGAACGGUAACGAGCCGGUCAUCAAGCCGAACGUGCGCAGACACCCGGUCGCGAGACUGAGCGGUCGUCUGCAGCCGGUGAAGGGGGAUCCGCGCCUCGCGGAACUCCAUCUCACCGAGUACAGCGCGUGGCUUCCGAGACAGCCGCGUCUCCGCAAGAAGAUCUUCUACCUGUCGCGAGACGGUCUCAUCUACGGAAACAUCCUCAUUCUCUACGACUACACGUGCUCCGGAGAGGUGCCGGUCGUCGUGAACCUGCCGCACGGCAACGACUAUCUCCGCAGCGCGAUGCUCGAAUCGGCGAACUCGGAGCAGAUGGGAAUCGAUAUCGACGAUUCGCCGGGCUCGAAUCCGUUCGAAGAGGAGAUUGUGGAGGGAGCGCGCGGCGGAGCGUUCCUCAAAGUCAAACCGAACAAACUCGGAUGGGCGCACAACAAGAAGCUGCUGCUCAAGUAUCUGAUCAACGAACCGGCGCUGCUCGACGAGUCGAACUGUCUGAAUCGCCGCGUUCCGUACAUGCCGCCGCUGAUCCAGACGAUAGGAGUCUACGUGUACUUCGUGCCCGCCAACCUCGUCGCCAAUCAAAUACACCACACUGGCGACGGACUCUCGCCAUGGACUGUCAAUCGUGAGUUUUCGUUUUUACACACAAAAAAGGGGACGACGAACAAUUUCUGUAAUUUUCAGCGCACGGAGAUACCCCAUCGCCCCGCGUUCGUUCGACUCGCCGUACUCUUUCACAAGACGAACACGGACUUCUGCAGCUGACGAAGGAGUCCAGCGGAUGGACGAACAACCAAUUGUGCCUCGUGGAGACGAUGUCAGUGCUCGCCAGAUGUCCGCGACUUCGAAAGCGGGUGAUCUACAUCCAACGCAACAACUCGAUCAUACUCGGAAAUGUUUGCUACAUCUACGAGUACGUGCGAGAAGGACCCAUCCCGCAGCCGAUCACCAAAGGGGAGACCACGUCGAAAUCGGAGCGAGGACAUCAUGUUCCGCAGCCGAAAAUCCAGAUCGAUCCGUGGAUGGAGAGGAAGAAGAUCGAGCCGGGCGCGCCGAGCACUUCGGACCAGCAGCAAAUUGAGGGCGGUUCGCAGGACGCGACGGUCGGAGAAGACGAUCAAUUCAUAGACGUCGAAGAUCUGGAAGUAGUGGAGGAGGAGGUGAUCGGGCACGAUCCGAUGCACAUGAACAUGCCGAUGCACCAUCAAAUCGAGCCGAUGCCCGAGCAGAUAAUGGAGGACGUGAUCAUGGACAUUCCGACGGAAGACGUGCUUAACGACGGCUACGACAUUGAGUUCGACGACGAUCCGCUGUCAACACAGGAGAAUCCGGCGCCGUACUACGAGAAUCCACGUCAGCUCGACACCGGACACAUCUAUCUGACGGUCCGCCACAAAAGAAUAGCGGGCACGUUCGAGUCUGUGCUCGAGUGGAUCGCCAACACGAACGUCGUGUUAGUCACCUCUUAGGCGUAUUUUAAUGAUUCUAUGAUUGUUUUCAGUGAAGAACGAGGUCUUCUGAACUACGCGAAGCCGGGCCAUCCGCCGAUCGUUCGCAACGCGCGUGCGUACGCGUUCUUCGUCGCCGGCACCGCCAUAUUCCCGCACGAUAUUAACCGCGACGACUUCUCGCCGUGGUCGCACAACGGAAACUCGCAAAAUCCGACAUGCUACCGUACGAAAGUGCGAAAAGUGGGAGUGGUGUGCGAUGAGAUGGGCUCACAGUUUCAGGUAUUUCAGCACUGUGCAGAUUAUGUCAGAGGAGACCUCUUCUUUUGCAGAUAAAAGAUAUCGACUACAAGGCGUGCCCGUUCCACCUCGUCUUCCUCUAUUCGAUCAAUCCACGCGAGCCACGUCUCCGCAAAAAGAUCUACUACAUGAUGGAGACGGAAUCGCGGCUCGUCGUCAGUCACGCACUCAUCCUCUACGACUACAACCAGGAGGGCAACCUGCCACGUAUCGGUGGCGGAUACACGAAGAGAUACGCGAGACGCACCGCCAAGAGACCGGUUGGUUUUUGAGAACGCGUGCUUGAAAACGAAACGCUUCUCUCUUUUCAGCCAAUGCAAAUUCACGACGUCGAUAAUGACGUGUCGGACAUAUCCGAGUCGGAGAAAGAGUGUCCGUUCGGUGUGCCGCCGCUGGUCUGCGACGACGGAGCGAUGUACCUGACACUACACGACAUGGACUUCUGGAACGAUCGCAAUCGUCAACUCCACUAUCUGUUCAACAAACCGUCGUUGGUGUGAGUUUCCGUUUCCUUCUGUGCACACUUUCAAUGAUUUCCGUCUUUAGCGAUUCUCUCGGAUGCGUCAACAAUCGUGUUCCUUCUCUUCCGCCGCCCACAACUGGCAAGGGAGCGUACGUGUUCUUUGUGAAUGGGCUCGAAAUCGACGCGCGCAAUCUGACGUGCGACGGCCUCGUUCCGUGGUCCGAGAAUAGCACUUCGAACACACGUGAGUUCGCCGCCCGCUUCCAGCCAACCAAUAUGUUUGCGUUUUAGACGGCACCACGAAGCGACCAAAGUCCGCGAAAAGCGCGCUCGCUCUGAACCGAGACGGACAGUUGCGUGUGUGGAAGACUCCCGGCCUCCGCGGUGACAUUGUCGAGUUCCAGCUGCACGUCUACUCGGCCACGCUGCCACGUUGUCCACGCCUGCGCAAGAAGGUCGUGUACGUGCUGAGAAACGGCCAUCAGAUCGGCCACGCGAUGAUCAUCUACUGGUACACCGAGUCCGGCGAUAUGCCGACGCCGAUCAAUAUGAAUCAGUUGUCGCCCGAGUUUUCGCUGCAACGUCUACCGCCUAACAUCCGCGACGACAUUCAUGAGCUUCUGAAUCGACUGACGCCACCCGAAGUUGCGAAGAUCGUUCUGGAGAAGUACGGAAUCACGGUGAACACCAAAAUGCUCUACUACAUCCGAAGACGUAAUAUCAUUUCGAUGUCGGGCGGCGAAAUCCAUCCGGAGUCGUACGACAUCAAAAACGAGAUGCUGGAUCAGAGUUCGUACGUGGACGAAUGGGCGCAAGCUCCAGACGGACCGUCGACGUCGACGAGAAGCAAACAGAACACUAUGGACGAGGUUCUGGUCGAUGGAGACAUGCAAGUGGCGCACACUGAAGAAAUCCAACCGACGCAGAGACAGCAGCCGAGGGAUCGUGAGCAACUGCACGAGCACCAGGAGCCGAGAAGCUUCAUGCACAACAAACUAGCCUCUUCGGGACUGAUUCGUGGCGCGCAACGCAACGAAGCCAUCUGGAGAAUCGCGAAGAAUUCGUUCGGCGCGGCGACCGAGAACGAGACGUUCGACUUGCUGUUCAGGAUGUUGUUCGAGCGGAACGAGGCACGUCUUCUGCAGAUAGUCAAUCAGACGUUCGGCGUCGAAAUAUUCCCCGGAGAGGAGGUGAUCGAUCAAGGAGAAAUUAUGCAUUUGGGUGCCGACGGCGACAUUGUCGAGGAAAUUGUGGAGGAGGAGGUAGUCAGAGGACCCGACGAUCCGCACGUGGGCGGAGAAUCCAAAGUGUAUCUCGAUGAUAAGGGCAUGUCGAGUGAGUUAUAAACGAAGCGAAGUUUAUGAACAGUUUGCGGUUACAGAUGACAUGGAGCAAGUGAUUGUGGAAGAAGAGGUGCACGAUCACGAUCACGACCUUCUCGAACAAUCACUCGUCGACGCCAACAUCGAAGAGAUCGACCCGACCGCCGUCGUGCUCGAAGACCAUCAUCAGCUGUGA